AUGGACUUUGUUAGCGAGUUGCCCUUGUCUUGCUGGGUCAUCGUGGAUCAAUUGACCAAAUUUGCUCAUUUUAUUCUGGUUCGGACGGACUACUCUCUGCAGAAGUUAGCGAAGCUCUAUAUCUUCGAGAUUGUAAGACUGCAUGGGGUUCCUGUUUCGAUUAUUUCAGAUAGAGAUCCUCGCUUCACUUCUCGAUUCUGGAAGAAAUUGCACGAGGCUCUGGGUUCGAGAUUGAACUUUAGUACUGCGUUCCAUCCUCAGACUGAUGGUCAAUCUAAGAAGGUGAUUCAGAUACUGGAGGAUAUGCUUCGGAGCUGUGUAAUAGAUUUUCGAGAUCUAAAGAGGAGAGAUAUUGAGUACUCUGUGGUUGACUUUGUCUUCCUUAAGGUUUCUCCGUGGAAGAAAGUUUUGAGGUUUGGUCGUAAGGGCAAGUUGAACCCUAAGUUCAUUGGGUUGUAUCAGAUUCUGAAGCGUGUGAGACUAGUCACUUAUCAGUUGGAGCUACCUCCAAAGUUAGACCGUAUACAUGACGUGUUUCAUGUCUUGAUGUUGAGGUGGUAUCGGUCUGAUCCAUCUCACGUUGUUUCUGUUGAGGAGAUCGAGAUUAGACCGGAUUUGAGUUUUGAGGAGGAUUCGGUUCAGAUCUUAGAUCGUGAUGUUAAGGUUCUGAGGAGGAAGUCUAUUCCGUUAGUAAAGGUUCUAUAG